AUGCUCGAAAUCAUUAGACAGCACGAUGUUGUCCCUGAGUUAUCCCUUGUGUCAGAUGUGACACAUGUUGCCCUGGCAUUUAUGCGAUCAUCUGUCUUUAAUAACAAGGAUGACACCUCAGACUGGCCUCUGUUUACCACCGUUAAUGCAGUCCGAACAAAAUUCUCGGUCGGAACAUCGAUUCUUGUCGCCAUCGGUGGAUGGGGCGAUACGCAAGGGUUUUCCGAGGCGGCAUUGACAGAUGAGAGCCGGAAGCUAUUCGCACACAACAUCAAAAGGAUGGUUGAAGACACUGGCGCAGAUGUGGAUAUCGACUGGGAGUAUCCAGGCCACAGAGGCAACGGAGAGGACUAUAAACAAAUCCCUAAUGUCGAAAAGGCAUGGGAAGUCGAGGCAUAUCCGAAGCUCCUCGAAGAGAUCAGAAAGGCACUAGGUCCUGAGAAGCUCAUCACCGCCGCUGUCCCAGGUCUCCGGCGAGACAUGAUCGCGUUUACAAAGGAAACUAUUCCUGCAAUCAGCGGCUCCAUUGACUUUCUCAACGUCAUGACAUAUGACCUGAUGAACAGACGAGAUACCGUCACCAAGCAUCAUACAGGCGUACAGCUGUCUAUUGACUCCAUUGACGCCUACCUGGAAAAUGGCAUGCCGCCCGAGAAGCUGAACUUGGGACUCGCUUACUACGUAAAGUGGUUCAAGACGGCUGACAGCCAUGUUGCAGAGUGUGCAGAACAUCCCAUCGGAUGUCAAACUGCAUUGAUGGAAGACCCAUACACGGGGGCUGACCUUGGGCAAGCAGGGGCAUUUUCAUGGCAUGAUCAAGUUCCCUCAGAGCUAGCUACAUCCUUUGAGAGAGCAAAGGAAAGCGGCAAAUAUGAUCCUGUUGAAGGUGGGUACUACUUCUGGGAUUCGGAGGAAAACAUCUUCUGGUCCUGGGAUACACCAGAAGCCAUCCAGAAGAAGUUCCCCGCGAUAGUGGAAGAAAAGCAGUUGGGUGGUGUGUUUGCAUGGGGCCUAGGCGAGGAUGCUCCUGACUUUACACACCUGAAAGCUACAGUUGCCAGCUUGAAGCAAUACUUGCCAGACUGGCGAGAGAGUCGAAGGGACAACCCCGAGGCCAGGAAUGGUAAAGAUGAAUUAUGA